UAAUACGUCAUUCCAUACGCUCGGUGUUGGGCACUCUCGAUUUCCCGGUUUCUUUUAUUUCCCGUACAAUUAUGAUAAAACUUCUCUAUUACGAAACUCUCGGACUGUAAAUUCGUCAUUGGGUACGCUCGGUGUACCGGGUCGGUUAUGA